CAGCGUUAUAAAAGCCCCCGGCUGCCUGCCCUAUUUAUUCAUGAUAAGCAAAAAAGGCUUCUGCAAGACUUCGUCUCUCCCGCACCAUGUGGGCAUCAAGGCUGGUGCUGCUCUCUGCGGCCGGCGGCCUGGCGGCGAUACUUUCGCCGUUCGAGCGCCUCCAGCUGAACAGAAAGCCCUGUCCAAGCGCGUGCGACCCUGGCGGGGAUACCACCGAGUGGUUCACCUACCACAGCGUGGACGAGUUCGCCGCCUGCGACGAGCCACUUUUGCUCAACCUGAAUUUGUACCAUAACGUCGAUGACGAUUCCGUCCUUCCAUCGAUCCGUGCCUGUACCCUUGGCAACGCGAACAGCGAGGUCAACUUCCUUACCGCGUCCGGCUACGUCGCCCCUGAUGCCCUGGGGGAAACAAACUUUGGCCCCCCGUCUCUGGAGAGGCGUGAGGACCCUGACCCUACCGCAAAUGUCGCCGCCUGCGACGGAAGUACCGUCACUGCCUCCAGUGCUGUCGCCUCCCAGACAGAGGAUGAGACCAUCAGCGAUCCCCUCAGCGGCGAGGCAAUCAAUGACCUGAUUCUCGCCGUGCAGGCCCUCCGAAGAAGCCUAGGCCAGGAGCCCGCGAGCUGUGGGAAGAAGGUCACCUUUCUUUAUUUCCAUGGCACGCUCGUCGGCCUCUAUUCCGGUUCGCAGGUCGAGUUGAUGCAGACCUCCGCAUCCAUGCUAGACCAGCUACUGGCGGCUCUCGGAGAACAGGACUCGCCCUCGGCUCUCUCGCGAACGGUUACUGAGAUCUGCGCGAGCCACUGUACCGCAAGCUAUAUCUUCGGUGUUGUAGCGGACCCGGCUGGAGAUUUCAAGGCCGUCCAGAGGAUUAUGAAGUCCUGGAACGACGGCGACCUUCUCUCGGGCCAGUCAGAAGCGAGAACCCAGUCCACCGGCAAACCCUCCCUGUGGACGUAUACCCCCAACAAUGGCACCGAGCCCCAGGCACGCAGCCAUGUGCGGGACCUCAAUCCACGAGCGGAAUGCCGCAGCAUCAGAGCCGAGGGCAGCGACACUUGUUUAUCGCUGGCAUCUCGCUGCGGCAUUGGUGUCAUAGCGCUCCAGAGCUUCAACAAGGACACGCCAGACUUUUGCAACUCAUUUAAGACCGGCCAGCCCGUGUGCUGCUCGUCCGGCACGCUGCCUGAUGUCGGACCAAGCCCAAACCCCGAUGGGUCCUGCCAGUACCACGAGGUUCAGGAGGACGAAUACUGCCAGAUGAUUGCCGCAAGCUACGGGCUGACGACUGAUGAUCUGUAUGACCUGAACACGAAGACGUGGGGCUGGGAUGGAUGCGACAACAACAUCCCGGUGGGCCUCCGGAUCUGUGUCAGUGAAGGGCUCCCUCCUCUGCCUGCGUCCGUCUACAAUGCCGUCUGUGGGCCUACAGUCCCUGGAACGGAGCCUCCGCAGGAAGGUGAAGAGCUCGCCGAGAUAAACCCCUGCCCGCUGGAUGUCUGCUGCAACAUUUGGGGCCAGUGUGGCACCACGGUCGACUUCUGCAUCCCCUCCAGCUCGUCAACUGGCAAUCCCGGCACAUCCGCGCCCGGGGAGAACGGCUGCGUCGACAACUGUGGUAUGGAGAUGGUGAACAACAACAGCGGACCAGAGACGUACCGAAAGAUCGGUUACUUUGAGGGCUGGAACUACAACCGCCCGUGCCUGAACAUGCACGUCGAUGACAUCCCUGACGGCUACACGCAUAUCCACUUCGCCUUUGGCGAGUUCUCGUCCGACCUGCAGAUUAUCAUCAAAGAAGACCAUCAGGAGCAGUGGGACGCCUUUAUCAGCGCGGACCGGGGCUACCGGAAGAUCCUGUCCUUUGGAGGGUGGGAAUUCUCUAAUGCCGCUGCCACCUCCGGCCUCUUCCGCCUGGCCGUGUCGCCGGGGAAUAGGGAGACCUUUGCCGAGAAUGUCGUCAAUUUUGCGCUCGACAACGGCCUGGAUGGCCUUGACUUUGACUGGGAGUAUCCUGGCGCCACCGACAUUCCGGGAUCAGAUCCCGGUCAAGAGGAUGACGGUGAGAAUUACCUCGAGUUCCUCAAGCUCGUGCGGGAGAAGUUGCCCGAAGACAAGUCGGUUUCGAUUGCCACGGCGGCCUCGUUCUGGUAUCUGCAGGGCUUCCCAGUCAAGGAAAUCGCGCCGGUGGUGGAUUACUUUAUCCACAUGACUUAUGACUUUCAUGGUCAAUGGGAUGUGGGCAGGGAGUGGUCGAUGGAGGGAUGUCCCGCGGGCAACUGUCUCCGCUCCCACGUCAACUCAACCCAAACGUACAACUCCCUGGUCAUGAUGACCAAGGCCGGCGUCCCAUCGCACAAGAUCGUCGUGGGCGUGACAAGCUAUGGCAGAUCGUUCAAGAUGGCUGAUGCGACUUGCCGCGGCCCAAUGUGCACCUUUCUUGGCGGGAGGAACGAUUCGCCUGCAAAGCCCGGCAGGUGCACGGAGACCGGCGGAUACAUCUCUAACUUCGAGAUGAACGAGAUCAUGGAGGAGGGCGGUGCCAUCAAGAGCUGGUAUGAUAAGGAGACAGACUCGGACUACCUGGUCUAUGACUCGGUGGAGUGGGUGGCGUACAUGACCGACGAGACCAAAGACCGCCGGCGCGGGCAGUACAAAGGUCUCAACUGCGGCGGUACCACCGACUGGGCCAUUGACCUUCAAGGGGUGAGUCUCCAUUCGGUUAAGCAUAGACCAUCGCUAACCACCGAGACCUCAAUAGGAAGGGCGGCGCGGCAGCACAGGCGACCCGGUCUAUCUGGACCCGAUCGUCUACCAGGAUUCCGAUGCCUACUGCGAGCCACCAUGCGUGCUGGUUUUCCCGCCCAGCCAGCUGCCCUCGCCAACGACCAUCGACCCGGGGGAGUACACCACUUCGCUUCUAUACGGCCGCAGCAGCGAAACCAACGAGGACGGCGAAGCGGUCACCGUGUUCGUGACGCAGACGACAACCAUCACCAUCGACCUGCCCGCCAUCACGACCGACGAGCUGUCGUACUCGAACAUCAAUAUCAGCCGGAGUCAAGAUACCAGCUCCCUGUGGGUUGGCGUCAGUAUCCCGAUCGACCCCGUCACCGUGAGCCUGGACGACGGGGAGGGCGGGACCACCACGCGUGUUCUUACCCUCCCUCCGUGGCCGGCUGUUACCCAGGGCCCACUAUCUGGUGGUGAGAGUGGUGGUGGUGGCGGCGGCGGCGGCGACGACGACAACGAGGAGGAAGACUGGGAAUUCCCGAACCCAAUUACGGAAACGGGCGAGUUAGAGCCCGAUGAGCCAUCCCCGACGACCAUGCCUACUUGGCAAACAUAUCCACCAUACAUUGUCGAGCCCGUUGACGAGGAAGACGGCGGCGAAGAUGGCGACGACGACGACGAUGAUGAUGAUGAUGA